AUGGCCGAGGGGAUUCUUGUUAGGCCCCCUAGGAUGGUGGUGGUGCCGUCGAACGACUCGCCGGAGAACUCCCUUGCGGAAAGCCUACGACUGAAUUUUCUCAUAUAUUCCUCCACACUUCACACGUUCUUCCUUCACUCAAUUCAGACCAAAAAGGCUCUCCAGAUCUCUAAAAUUCUGAAAUUUUCUCCUCUAAAACCUCUCAAACUUCGGCCUCAAUGCUCUCGGUCAUCCAAGCCAUCAGCCAUAUGCACGAGCCCUCACGCCCCGCGGCCAGCCGAGACGUUCCGUGAGCAGCCCCACGACAUUGACGCCACCAUCUCGCGAGCAGCAAGAAACCCUCAGCCACGCCCAAGAGCCGACGUCUUAGCCUCUUUUUGUUUGCACCCAUUUGAAGCUGAGGCCGAGCGUGAGCCGUCCAAGCAUUGA